UGUGUCUUAAUUUAUUUAACAGGCGGUUAUAUUGGUAUGACUCUCGUCCUUCAUAUUAUUGUCAUUGUUUUGGGGGAGCUGGUUAUACACAAAACUCGAUGAAGUUGAUGGGCUAGAUCAUAAAUGGGUUCAGAGGCCAUGAGAUGUUCAGUUUUCGUCAUGAGAUUUUACUAGUGUAAAUAUCUGUUUCAUAAAUUUUUCUGAGGGUGAAGUUGAAACAGAUAAGAGGAAUUUCAAAGUCCAGAUUCCUGUCACGUGGUAGAGUGGCGUCAAUUCACCAUGAACAUCUGAGAAGCGUCCCGUUGAGAAACGAAAGGAUCAACCCUGUCUUUACAACUGCUGAUGAUCAUGAAAAGCACAGAUGAGGGUCUCUCCCAAAGCAUGACAGAGACUGGUUCGCUGGAAAGCUUCCCAAGGACUGAAUGGUUUGCCAGGUGCCUGGAAUUCCUAAGGGAUUUUAGUUGGAUUUAUGAUUAUCAAGUCACCGAGUUUUUUGUGGAACAGCCAUGGAGGAGUAUUCCUGAUGAGUGGAGAGAAUUCUUACUGGGAUUGUCAUUAGAAGAGCUGAAUGUGUUGCCACUUGGAAAUAUUAAGGAUGAAUGGCCAGACAAUUUUUCUACCUUCGUCCAAACAGCAUUGGAGAUGUCCAUGCCAAGGGGGAGUUACUCUGUUACUCCGGUUGAAAUUCCUUGUGAGCUGAAGAAAGGAAUGAACCCUAAAAAACAGCAUGAAGUGUCUUUAAUGGCAGCCGUACUUCAUCAGCUGAUGGAGGAAGCCUCAGUGUCUGUGGUUGUGGAUAUUGGGGCGGGUUUGGGCUAUCUGGGUCAGGUGCUACAGCAACGGUACGGUUACAGAGUAAUCUCCCUUGAGUGUGAUGAUUCAAGAAGCCACGGAGCUCAAUGCCGGAACAUCAAGCUAGGUCAAGAUGCUGGCAAGUUUGUGUCCUUGACCUUUGACCUACAGGACAAUGCAGAGGUCAUGAAUCAGUUCCAAGACCUUAUCACUGGCAUUGUCAGACAAGGUGACCUUGAACCUGGGUCAGAGGUCAGAGAGGCCAAAGGUCAGGAAGUGAAGGUUUGCAUGACUGGGCUCCACUGCUGUGGAGAUCUCACCUCAACCAUGCUGAAGUACUUCACAAAGUUAGACUGUGUCACUCUCCUAGCUGGGGUGAGUUGCUGUUACCACAGGAUGGCUCUGAGCUCAGGUGAAAAUGUCAAAGUUUACAUGAAAAACUUUCCUAUGAGCAGAAGUUGUCAAGCAGCAAUGUUUGAAGUGCGAUCAGCCAGUCGACACUGGACUUUAGGGACACCUGCAUUUCGAUUGGCUGCUCAAGAAACCAGGGCAAGGUGGCUCAAUCAAUCAAAAGCUGACCAUGCAUACCAUCAACGCAAUGUUGCCUUCCGAGGAAUUCUAGAGCUCUUCUGUCAUGAAGAGAAUCUGACCUUAAACAAAAUCAGCAGAAAACUUGCCCUGAAGAAAAACUGUGAAACAUUUGAUGAUUACGUGGAGGCUGUUUUCAGCAGAACUAAUUUGACACCAGUUGGGGUGGAAGCAGAUGACAGUGUAGAGGAAUGGAAAAAAAAACUACACAAAACAUACCUCCAGUGUGAAGAGUUCUUUGCUUUUAUAGAGCCCCUAACUUGUUUACAAGUUCUUCUUCAACCAGUCCUUGAGAACCUCAUUCACCAGGACAGGCAAAGGUUCUUACAGGAACAAGGGUUCCAGGCUUACCUCCUGCCUGUGUUUGAUGAGUUUAUCUCUCCUCGAAACCUUGUCCUUGUGGGUACAAAGUGUGAGAAAACUCUAUCCUGUGAUACCUGUGUCACUUGUGGGAAAACUGUGUCCAGGGAUACCCAUGGGAAAUCUGUAUCAUGUGAUACCUGUGGGAAAACUUAAUUCUGUGAUACCUGUGGGAAAACUGCAUCAUGUGAUACUCAUGGGAAAACUGAAUUCUGUGAUACACAUGGGAAAUCUGUAACAUGUGAUACCCAUGGGAAAACGGAAUUCUGUGAUACGCAUGGGAAAUCUGUAUCAUGUGAUACCCUUUGGAGAACUGUAUCAUGUGAUACCCAUGGGACAACACUGUAUUGUGAUACCUGUGGGACAACUGUAUCAUGUGAUACCCAUGGGAAAAUUGAAUACUGUGAUACC